CCAAAUGUACGACAAAAUGUCUUAUGAUAGCAGCAGUGCUUCCAGUUCCCCUGAACGCAAUAAUCUUGUUUACGAACUACCCCCGCGUUUGACAGAAAUCGACCAAAACAUCUAUUUCGGGGACCAUAUGAGAUGCACAAGCUACCCUAACCAAUAUCCCUAUCAUCACUUGGGCGAUGUUAAAGACGCGCGUAUUUCCCAAACAAUCAAACAAGAUUACGAAUCCAUUUUCGACAUGGAUUGCAAACCAGCAAUCAAUCAUCGAAAACGGAAACAUUCUUCUAGAGGUUUGAACAAUAAUUACGAAUACCGUUCUGAUGAUGCCGAAGACGCUACAUCCACCCAGAGGCCUGGUAAGAUACGAAAAAAGUCACCCCAAAGUUUCGAAGAGGUCCAAAUGCAACGUGUGAUGGCUAAUGUUCGGGAGCGUCAAAGAACCCAAUCUUUGAACGAAGCUUUUGCAAGUUUGAGGAAGAUUAUACCGACUUUGCCUAGUGACAAAUUAUCAAAAAUCAAAACUUUACAAUUAGCUUCAAAAUAUAUCGACUUUUUGUACCAAGUUAUAUCAGUGAACGACUCCAAACCACAAACUUUAGUUCAAGAUGACCAUGCAAAUCUUCCGACGUCGACGAGUCAAUGCUCGUAUGUGGCCCAUGAAAAAUUGAGCUACGCUUUCAAUGUCUGGAGAAUGGAAGGCGAUUGGGGAAAUCCUCUGUAA